AUGAGCGAGAUUACUCACCCUACAAUCAAGGAUGGCUGGUUCAGAGAGAUCUCUGAGAUGUGGGCAGGCCAGGCCAUGACCCUCAAGGUGAAGAAGGUUCUGCACCACGAGAAGAGCAAGUACCAAGAUGUGUUGAUCUUCGAGUCGGAGAAGCACGGCAACGUGCUGGUCCUGGACAACGUCAUCCAGUGCACCGAGUACGAUGAAUUUUCGUACCAGGAAAUGAUCACCCACUUGGCCAUGAACGCCCACCCCAACCCCAAGAAGGUCUUGGUCAUUGGUGGCGGUGACGGUGGUGUCCUUCGCGAGGUCGUCAAGCACGAGUGUAUCGAGGAGGCUACCCUAUGUGAUAUUGAUGAGGCCGUCAUCCGUCUCUCCAAGGAGUACUUGCCCAACAUGGCCGAGGGUUUCAAGCACCCAAAGACCAAGGUGCAUGUUGGUGAUGGAUUCAAAUUUCUGGAUGACUACAAGAACACCUUUGACGUCAUCAUCACUGACUCGUCUGAUCCAGAGGGUCCUGCCGAGAGCCUGUUCCAGAAGCCCUACUUCCAGCUCCUUUUUGACGCACUCCGCGAUGGUGGUGUCAUUACCACCCAAGCUGAGAGUCAAUGGCUUCACUUGAACCUGAUCAAGCAGAUCAAGAAGGACUGCGCAGAAGUCUUCCCAGUGGCAGAGUAUGGUUUCACCACCAUUCCUACCUACCCCUCCGGUCAGAUCGGCUUCAUGGUUUGCUGCAAGGAUGCCAGCCGAGACGUCAAGACGCCGCAGCGAUCGUGGUCCCCUGAGGAGGAGGCUAAGCUCUGCCGUUACUACAACUCAGAGGUGCACAAGGCUGCUUUCGUCCUUCCCAACUUUGCCAAGCAGGCUCUGAAUCAAUAA